UGUCUACAACCCCAAUUUUCUAAUAUCCCAAUUGCUUUGAAGCCAUCACUAACCUCCCUUUUCCUGCACUCAUCUUCCCCUACUUCCUUCUUAUUAUUAAUACACUUCAAACUCUCCAUUUUCCAUCAACUACUGAACUCUCUCUCUCAACUGAUUGCAUUCCAAUUUGAACGUCUCAUCCAUGGAGAUCAAACCCGCCGACGAAGAAACCCAAUCUCGAAACGAUCAUAAGCGCCCCCUUUUGCGAGAAACAACUAUCAUCCCAUCAAGAGAUGAAAAAACCCUCAUUCAAAAAGCCAUUUCCCAGACCUUCCGAAGCACCGCUAAUUUGGCUAAUCUUCUACCCACUGGAACAGUUCUCGCAUUUCAACUUCUUUCCCCAAUUUUCACUAAUCAAGGCAAUUGCGACUCAACUUCCCGCUACCUCACCGCCGGCCUCGUUGGUUUGUGUGGAUUGUCCUGUUUUCUUCAAAGUUUCACCGACAGUUUCGUAGACAGUCAGGGGAAUGUUUCCUACGGAUUCGUCACUUUCAGAGGCUUGUGGGUCAUUGACGGCUCCGUCGAACUGCCGCCGUCCACCGCGGCCAAGUAUCGGCUGAGAUUUAUUGAUUUCUUGCACUCUUUCAUGUCGAUUCUGGUUUUUUCCGCUGUUGCUCUGUUUGAUGAGAAUGUGGUGAGCUGUUUUUACCCGGCGCCGUCGGAUCAGGCGGAGGAGAUUUUGACGUCUUUGCCGGUUGCGAUUGGGGUGUUUUGUAGCAUGUUGUUUGUUCUUUUUCCGACCAGACGCCAUGGAAUUGGCUUCCCUAUUUCUGCUAAUUAGCGGCGAAGUUGCUCUGUUAUUCGCCGGAAUUUCCCUCUGCUGCCACUGGCUUGGAGUUGGAGAUACUUUGUGUGAUUCUCAUGAUUCUUUUUUUUCUUCUUCUAAUCAUUUUGAUAUUUCUCGAAUGCAUCCAUCCAGAGAAAUGAUUCCUUUGAAACUGACAUUGAUCAACAAAAUAUGCAUAGCUUUGAAAUUAAUAAAAAUGAAAGAUUAAAUUA